AUGAACGAUGAGCGAACAAAGGACAACGAUAAGUCUAGGUUAGACUUAGUAGACAUUUGCAGGAGUCAUUAUGAUUGGUUUCGUGUGUUGCACAACAUAAUUGAAUUAGAGUAUUUCUAUCGCACUACGUACAAGGGAAUACGAAAGUACAAGGACUACGAUAUCGCUGAAGUUAAUGUAACCAAGAAAUUUAGGCAGUACGAUCCUUUUAUUCAACCUCAAAAUACACGACAAGUAUACUAUUUGCCUUAUCCAGAUUUAUGCAAGUCUAGUUGGGUGGUUGUGGUUAAAACUAAACUAAGAGGGUGCAUCGAGUCUGAUGAUAAGAUAGAUGGUCAAGAACCUUACCAGAUUGACGACUCAACUCAUUCGAAAACGGUAGUUGAUACCGAUGAGCCGAUCACCCUUAGGUCGACUGUUAUAAAUGAUGGCAUCAUUGACCGUGGAAUAGAUGCCGACACAUUUCCACCGGAGGACGACGAUCUUCAAGAAGAAGACGAGGUCGAUGGCGACAAAGAAGAAGAAGACGAGUUUGAUGAUCAUAAAACUACCUCGGAAGGGGAGGAUGGUGAAUCAGAGGAAAAGGAUGAUGAAUCUGAAUAG